CGCCAUUCUUCUUUCCUCUUCCUUGUCCCUGAGAAGAUAAUGGGGUUUACAGUAACUACUCUUCCUUCUUCUUCAUUUCUCAACCUUCAAUUUCGCGACAGUAAGCUAUUCUCCGCUCACAUUCUUCUUCCUCAUUCAAGGUUUUGUCAGCGUACUUCGGAUACCUUCAAACGCUACACAGUUAAUUGCAGAGUCACUACUAAACUGAAAGAAUCUCCGAAUUCUGAUUCUUUCAUAAGAGAACCUCACAAGUACUUCGAUCAAGUGAUAAUCACCGUUCGAUCAGGAGAUGGAGGUCACGGUGCUAUUCUUAAUAUGCCACAGCAACUACAGCAGCAGAAAUCAGAUAAUUAUAGUAAGUCGAAGGGAAAGCAGGAAAAGUCAAGGUGGAAGAGUUCGUAUAAAAGAGAUUUCGAUGGAUCACUUAUACUGCCAAUGGGUGGGGCCGGUGGGGAUGUAGUUAUUUACGCCGAUGAAGGAAGAGAUACGUUGUUGGAACUUCACUCCAAAAGCCGGUUCAGCGCGAAACGAGGUGGGAAUGUUGAUGCAAUGGGUGUUUUAAACUCUCAGUCGCAUAAUGGAUUUGCUGCUCCUACUUUGCGUAUUCCUGUUCCUUUAGGUACAGUGGUGAAGCUCAAAAGAGGGAAGUUACUGGCUGAUCUAAAGCAACCGGGGGACGAAAUACUUGUUGCCAGGGGUGGCCAAGGAGGAAUUAGUUUGUUAGACGCACCAGAGCAUAGAAAGAAAAAAUUGAUGGCUUUAACCACAAAUGUGUUGCGAGAUGACAGUGAUAAGGUUUUACUUCACGGUCAGCCUGGAGAGGAGAUUAACCUGGAGUUGAUUCUACGAGUUGUUGCUGAUGUUGGUUUAGUUGGUCUUCCAAAUGCUGGAAAAUCCACCCUUCUGGCAGCGAUAACACAUGCCAAACCUGAUAUUGCUGACUAUCCUUUCACAACAUUGAUGCCAAAUCUUGGGCGCCUGGAUGGUGAUCCUACUUUGGGGGCAGCUAUGUAUUCAUCUGAAGCAACACUGGCAGAUUUGCCUGGUCUUAUUGAAGGUGCUCAUUUGGGAAAGGGUCUCGGUCGCAAUUUCUUGAGGCAUCUUCGGAGGACCCGGCUAUUAGUUCAUGUUGUUGAUGCGGCUGCUGAGGAUCCUGUGAAUGAUUAUAGAACUGUCAAAGAAGAAUUGAGGAUGUACAAUCCUGAGUACCUUGAAAGACCUUAUAUUGUGGUGUUAAAUAAGGUUGACCUUCCUGAGGCAAUGGACAGGCUUUCUUCUUUGACUGAAGAAAUAUCAAAAAUUGGCAGUGAUGAGGACAUACAUUGUCUUCUCAGAUGUUUAAUGGAGAUAAAAAUGAUAAAGAGAUAGAGGACUAUCCAGCACCUCUUGCUGUUGUUGGUGUUAGUGUUCUGACAGGAAUCAGGGUAGGUGACAUGUUGAAGGAGAUAAGAGCUGGCUUAAAGAAGUGCAGAGAUUCUAAUGAGGUAUUAGAACCAAGUAACAUGCCAUGAGAGCAUCCAAGCUGCAGAGAUGUCUACAAAACAUAAUCGGGUAACCACAUGAAGCAUACAAGAUGAGCUCAAUUUUGGUCUAGAACUGCGAGAGUGCAGAUUUGCAAAAUUUACUAAUGGCCCAAAUCCUAACCUAGCUGGAGCAUUUGUGUACAAUCAGAUCAUACCAUAAUCUUGUUUCCAAAUCUUUGUAACUGUAAUAUAGAUUAGACCCAUAAGAUUUAGCUAGUUUCGUAUAGCUGCUGUAUACAAUAUAACAAUCUAUGUCCACAAAAUUUGAAUUUGUAUAGACUCCUGUUCUCAA